UGCAAAAUUCUGUUGUUUCCUACACCUAAGUACCAAAAAGCUGCUAAGAAAUAUGAUGGACGAGCAACAAACUUCCUUGGAUUAUUUAUCCAAUCAGGUUAAUGAGCUCAUGAACCAGGUUCUCCUUCUGACCACAGAAGUUUUCAGAAGGCACCUGGAUCCUUUUCCCCACAGGCCGGUUCAGUCACAUGGUUUAGAUUGUACUGAUAUUAAAGAUACCAUUGGCUCUGUCACCAAAACACCAAGUGGUUUAUACAUAUUCUACCCGGAAGGAUCUAGUUACCCGUUUGAGGUAAUGUGUGACAUGGAUUACCGAGGAGGUGGAUGGACCGUGAUACAGAAGAGGGUUGACGGGGUCAUUGAUUUCCAAAGGCUGUGGUGUGAUUAUCUGGACGGACUUGGCGACCUUUUAGGUGAAUUUUGGGUAGGACUAAAAAAGAUUUUUUAUAUAGUAAAUCAGAAAAAUACCAGUUUUAUGCUGUAUAUUGCAUUGGAAUCUGAAGAUGACACAUUUGCUUAUGCAUCAUAUGAUAACUUUUGGCUAGAAGAUGAAAAAAGAUUUUUUAAGAUGCACUUAGGACGGUAUUCAGGAAAUGCUGGUGAUGCUUUCCGGGGCUUCAGAAAAGAAGAAAACCAAAACGCAAUGCCUUUCAGCACAUCAGAUGUGGAUAAUGAUGGGUGUCGCCCCGCAUGCCUAGUCCGGGGUCAGUCCAUGAAAAGCUGUAGUCACCUGAGUAACAACACCGGCUGGUGGUUCAACCAGUGUGGUCUAGCGAACCUAAACGGCAUUCAUCACUUCCCUGGAAAAUUGCUUGCAACUGGAAUCCAGUGGGGCACAUGGACCAAAAACAACACACCUAUCAGGAUUAAAUCUGUUUCAAUGAAGAUUAGAAGAAUUUACAAUCCAUAUUUUAAGUAAUCUUUUAAAUUGUAGUGUGCAUUCCAGAGCUAUUUUUGAUAAUAUGGAAGGGAUUUUACAUAGUUUCUCUUUUUACUCUUUCAAACCUUUUAACCAAAAUUUAACUAUAGAUGACAUCUAGGUGUUGUUUAAUUAGAAAUCUUUACUUUUGUAGAAUUUUAUAAAACAUGGCUCAAUGUAUGCUUUUACUACUAAGCACAUUAACAAUAUGUAAUAAAAUUUGUUUUAAGUAAAAAAAAA